UUGCAUUAUUCGCGGCGCGACAUCGGAAAUGCGAAAAUAUCUUGCCCCAAGCUGGAGGAUAGGUCGAUAAUUUGUUUCAGUUUUACACAGUACUCACCAGCGUCUCCAUCGCUCCGCUGCAGGUCGGCCACCGCUCAACCCAAAAUCAUUCCCCUCCCAGCGCUACGCCACAAUGGCCGUCCGUCGCUUUCGUCGCAUCACAAUCCUCACCUCCCUCCUGGGCAUCUUCCUUCUCUACCACUUCCUCUCCAUCCGCCCGGAGCUCUACACCCGCAGUGGCCUCUCCCACCCUCGCGCCCCGAGCAGCACUCCGACUGCCGCCCCGACUGAGAUUCCGGAAUGCCCCUCCCUCGAGGGGAUGGAAGACGUGCUGGUGGUGAUGAAGACCGGCGUCACCGAAUCCCUCAGCAAAGUUCCGGUACACUUCCAAACCACCCUCCGCUGCGUUCCAAACUACAUCAUUUUUUCCGACUUUGAAGAAGAAAUCGAGGGCGUCAAAGUGCACGAUGCGUUCCUCCACAUGGACAGCACGGUCAAAGAUACGGUCAGCGAUUUCAACCUCUACAACCGCCUCCGCGAACAAGGGCGCGCCGGGCUUGAGUCCGCCGACUUUGCUGAUGAAGCAAACUCGAACAUUGGCAAACCGAAUAACCCAGGGUGGAAGCUGGACAAAUGGAAAUUCCUGCCUAUGGUUCAAAGGGCUCUGGCACAUAAGGACAAUGCCAAAUGGUAUGUCUUUAUGGAGGCAGAUACCUACAUUUCCUGGUCGACUCUUAUGCAAUGGCUCUCGCAUUUUGAUCCAAAAGAGCCCACCUACAUUGGCACUGAGACCCAAAUUGCGGAUGUCAUCUUCGCCCAUGGCGGUUCCGGCUUUAUUGUCUCCAACCCGGCGAUGCAGCUCGCCUCGAACGAGUACGCGAGCCGCACUGUGGAAUUGAACGAAUACACCGACUGGCACUGGGCAGGUGACUGCGUCCUGGGCAAGGUUCUCGCUGAUGCCGGAGUGCCCUUGCACUAUUCGUGGCCGAUCCUCCAAAAUUCUAAUGUCGGAGAACUGGACGAGUUUGCCAGAGGCUUCUACCGGAAACCGUGGUGUUUCCCGGCGGUAGCAUUCCAUCAUUUGUCCCCUCGUGAGAUCCAGGAUCUCUACGAGUUUGAGAAACGAAGACGCCUUGAGACCGACAGUCCUGUGCUUCUUCACCGCGACGUGUUCAAGGAACUCAUCUUCCCGGAGCUCUCGAAUGUUCGUGAUGACUGGGAUAACCUGUCUGACCAGGAACAUCCGACUAUCACCACGUUCCACGAGUGCCAAUCCCUGUGCUCCAACUCGCGCGACUGUGCGCAAUUUGUUAUGCGGGACGGCAUCUGCUUCACUGGAGAAACACCCCGACUGGGCGUGAGGAAGCCGACGGCGCGGUCGGGUUGGGUUCUAAGCACGAUCGAGCUCAUGAUGAACCAUGCGCCGCGGUGUUCCCGGCCAGACUUUGGACUAUGAUUCGCGGGCGAAUUAUCCUUAAAAGUGGGUUGUAUUUUAUAGAUUUGCAUUCCGCCUAUAGCAUUGCAUCGCAUUGCGGUGAUGGCGUUUGGUGCUGGCAGUUCUUGCAUCGGGCGUCUGGUAUAUUCUUUGAGUUUAGCAACUAGUCUUGUUCAUCGCAGCACUUUUCCUGUACGUUAUCAAGCUCCAAACACAAUCAACC